AUGCCGGAUUCUCUUGCUUCUCAACUCACAGCAUUCAAGAGAUCUUUGAAGCGCGCUUCGGCGACUCUUCCUGCUCAAAGGAGAACGGUUAAUCCCAGUCCCAAGAGCAUUAGGAGUACAUUGAAGCGCUCUAUCAAUGAUGAGUCCAAUAGUAAAAGGCCUCGAAAGGUUGAUACUCCGUCUUCUCCCGAUUAUAAGUCUGUGUCUGUUUCUUCGAUGAUCCCUGCUGUGGGCUCUAAUUUGUCAAUCAGAUUGAUGACCGCAUCUGAUUUCAUCAAGAGCAGUGAUAGACCUGUGACUAUCCAGGAGUUGGAACAACAGAUGCGUAGUAGAGUUGACCCUCAGUUAUUGAAAUGUCUUGCAAACGUUGAUAGAAUAAAAUAUGAUCCAGUCAAUAAGUCCUUGGAGUAUUUAUCGUUGCAUAACAUCAAAACUGCUGAGGACUUAUUGAAAGUGUUGGAGAAUCAACCCACUUUUCAAGGUUUAUCUGUCAAGCAGUUGAGAGACGGUUGGAACGGUUGUUUGUCAACCAUUACCCAAUUAGAGAAGGAAAAUAAGAUUAUAGUGCAUAAGACCAAGAAGGAAAAUGCUCCACGGCAUAUUUGGCUAAACUAUGAACAGCUGGAAGUGGGCGAUAGAAUGGACCUUGAAUUUUAUGAUUUGUGGUCGAAGGUUGAAGUCCCCAAAGCUGACGAUCUUGUUAAGGCUUUGGUGGAUAACGGCUUGAAACCUACAAAUGUCGAUCCUGAAAGUUUGAGGAAUAAGAAGGACGCUCCUAUCCAGCAGAGAAAGCAGAAGAAACCUCGUAGAGGUAAGAUCACUAACAUGCAUAUGAAGGGUAUUCUUAAGGAUUACUCGGGAAGAGUAUAA